AAGCACAGUGUAACAAAGCAGAAUAGUGCGGAUUUGGUUUUCCACAGAGAUGAUGAAAAUAAAUCUAUCUGUUACUCUCUCACUUUUAUACUUUAUAUGCAUUCAUGCAGAAAAAAGUGAUGAACCUCUCAGCUAUCCUUCUUUGUGGGACAAAGUACCAGGGCAACUUGAUGAAUUGGCAAAGGAUGGCAAGAUUGCCAUCAACCCCUGGUGUUACAUGCACAGAAUGAGUCUGUAUAAAGUGUUGCUGAGUGUAACAGACAAAUAUAUGACAACUAUUGGCUUAAAUGGCACAGACAAUCCUUUAUGGGGCUUUCCAGCACAGCUUGGAUGGAAAUUCCGAACAGGUAGAUUAAAUGAUCCUACAACUGUUUCUCUGCUCUGUGACCAUUGCUCUGGAGGCGAUUCAUGUAUUUCUCCAAAAAGCUGGUGGAGCUGUGUGAAUUACUAUGUAUCUGUUAUUCCAUUCCUCGCUGCAGAAGAUGAGGGCUUUUUUCAACAAAGCCUUCCCAUUGAGAUUUUGCAACCUAGUGAAAUGGCAGAAGACUUCUGUUACACAGUUUCAGGUUGUCAGUCACAAGUUCCAGAACUGAUGUCAAAAUGGGAAACCUUCUUCCAGGGAUUGAAAAACCUGAGUUUGUCAGAUGUUCCAGACCCAGGAGAUGAAGACAAAAUAUUGGAAUUAAUGUGGGAGGCACAAAAACUGUCUGUUUCUACAGCAGCAUCUAAAUUUGCAGAGCGUAUAAAACAAUACUCUGAGCCAGAGGUGAGCUUCAGCAGAAGCUGGUCCAAUGCUGUUAACUAUGUGGCUGCAACACACUUCCGCUCUGGCUUAAGGAAAACCAAUCACUUCCAGGCCCCUAUGCCAAGGAGGGUUCUUAAGGAGGGUGAUAAACCUCCUAACAUUGCAGACCUCAGUGCUGAAGAGAAUCAUGCCCUGUACAUGUUCAGCUGGAUGGAUAGCAUGAACAGGUUGAUAGGUGGAACUCUGGUCAAUACAUGGAACAAAGCAAUGUGCUCUGAAAAAGCAAGAGAAAAGGGAGAACAACUCCUCCAAGACCUGGUGAUGAAUCCUCAAUUUGCUGUAUCUGGAUUGUUGUCCAUUCUAAUUGAGAUGAGUUCCAACUGCUAGGAGCAUAUAGGAAUGUACAGGAACUAACGUGGAAGAUGAAGGGUUUUUGUUUUUUAAAAGAUGCAUUACGUAAAAUAUCAUUUAACAUCUUUAUUAAAAAAUUUACAGAAGUCGCUAAAAUGAAAUUAUAAACUGGACAGCAUAAUUAAACUUUGAAACAUUUUUUUCAAAACCAAAUUGAAAUGUCUAUCAUUGACUCUUUUGCAAAUUAUUUUAUCUGUUGUUUUAAAGCAAAGCCCUGUAUUUUUUCUCAGUUUUAGUUUUGGCCCCUUUUGUACGUUUACUCAUGUAUUUACUGUGUCUUAUAAAAGAAAGGUUUUUAUGUA